AUGUCGUCCUCUUCCCACACCACGCCGACCAAACCCGGCUUGGUGAAGACGUUCGAGACGCCUCACGGUCGCCGCACUCAUAUCCAGCGGCUGCCUCCUGUCCAAGAGGGCUCGAACGAUUCGCUCGACUCCUCUGGCGGGGGUGUUCCCCUCAACACCUUUGCCUUCCCUGGACUUCCGUCCCAGAGCAAGAGUGAGACCAACUCGCCGUUGUCAGACCGCUCCUCUUCGAUCAACCAGGCUUCUCACCUCAGCGAGCCCGCUGGACUUCAGUCCAGCCUUCAGAAUGCCAGGUUCAACAUGGGUCUUCAGCAGCUUGAGGCAUCGGCUCAGCGAAACUAUGGCCAGCUCAACCCGUCUACCGCGGAGUUUCAACCUGCUGGCAUCCAGCAGGCCCCUGUUGUGUAUGCCCAGCAGAGCUCCAUGGGCGUCACUCAGGGUCAGAGUAACAUGGCCAUGGGAUCAACUGCCUUCCAGCCUCAAGCAGGUGACCAGCUUGACGGCGCUGCCCUCACCCCAUUCACCACCGUGAGUGUUCCCAGUCAGACUGGCAACACGUUCCCAUCCCAGGUUGGCAGCGCGCAGCUUCAGCCCCAACAGUACGCCAACAACACCAAGAUGGAUUUCAGCGCGCCUCACGGCAGCGGCCCUCAGUCUUUCAACAACGAUGGACAAAACACUGGUGCCCAUUACGGUCAGGUCGCCCAGGGUAUGUCUUCGAUCUCCUCCCCACCAGCCAACGGUAUGGCCAACGACGCGAGUGGCAUGACCACUGUCGCCAAUGCCUUUGAGCAGAUGUCCAUGUCCACUCUGCAGGCCCACCUGGUCCACGGAGGCCAGUACGCGCAGGCGCAGACCAACGCGACCCCUACUUUCCCACAGGGUGUUGCUAGCCCUGCCCAGUACUCAGCCCAGUCCACACCCUUCCAGCCGCAGAGCAACGUUGUCAUGCAGCAGCAGCAGCAGGUGGGCAACCUCUCCAGCAACUCUGGAGGCGGCCCCAAUUACGUCCAGUCGACUCCCGCACCGCCGUCCACCAUGUACAACAGCCCUGGAGGCGCAGUCCCCCAGGCUCGUUACGUGGCGCCCCCCUCCUCUCGUGGAUGGAGCGAGCCUCGCAAGCUGGACACGCGCCCCAACAUCUCGAACGAGCCUCCUCCUCGAUUCGAUCUGCAGACCACUCCGACUGGUGUGUCUCAGCAGGGCUACAGCAAUGUGAUGUCGCCUGCCUCGACCGCUGGCACCAUCCCGCCCCGCGGCACCACAGCCUCGACUGGACCAUCGUCCUCCGCCAACUCGGUGGUGGACCCCUUCAACGGCCCGCCUCUGCCCAGCGUCAUCCAGCCGAUUGAGCCCCAGUCUGCCAUGGUCCUCCACGAGAACCGUGUGCCGGAGGCAAUUCGCAGGAUGCGUUCCAAGCAGUUGAACGCGCUGACGGACUCCGGACCAAACGGUCGUCCCCGUCUUGACGUAGCUCUGGAUGCUGCCAACUUCCCCUUCGUCGAGAGCGCUCGCAACGCGCAGCCUGGCGCCCACUGUGGUGUCAUAAAGCUGAAGAACAUUCCCUUUGCCACCAAGAAGUCCGAGAUCCUCGCCUUUCUUGGGCGCAACUCCAAGGUUUUGAAUGACAGCCAGGAACCCGUCCACAUCAUUAUGGAGCGCGUUACGACCAAGACCAAUGAUGCGUUCGUCGAGUUCAUGAGCAUGCAGGCGGCUUCCAACGCUGUCGAGAAGCACCACAAGACCAUCGCGAACGGCCGCCUCAGCCGCCUUGGCGACCGCCCGAUUGAGGUGGAGCUUUCCAGCCAGGCCGCCCUGAUGAAGGACCUCUUCCCUCACGCCAAGGGUGUUCGCUGGGAGGGAGCUGUGCCGAUCAUCCUCGAGGACCACCCCACUGAGCCGUGGAACUGCUUCAAGGGAUUUGUCACCGAGGAGGAGAUGGCGAUGCUUGUGAAGCACGUCGAGGUUCCCCAGCGUUCCCCCUACUCCCGUGAUUGCCCGCAGCGCCCCUUUGAGUGCAUGAUCAGCACCCUCCGCAAGCUGCCGUGGUACAAGACCGACUGCAUCACCAUCAAGCAGCGCCACGCCGUGUACAACGCCUGCAUCCAGCUGAUCCGUCUGCUUCAACACUCCAUCAACGACAGGAAGAACGAGGAGCACCUGACGCCGCAGCUCCUGAAGCGCCUCUGGACCUCGGCCAUGCUCUGCCACGGCUUCACGGUCACCCAGCGGGACGACAUCGCAUACGUGGCCGGCAUCCCGGAGAACCGCCUGCGCGAGUUCAACAUGCCUCGCUUUGCCGAGAAGUGGGUGCACGCCUACACCUUGUGCCCCAAGCCUGGCACCCCACUGGACAUGAUUGAGUGGUACAUCGCCAUCAUUCGCGAGGAGACCAACCGCACCGUCAGCAUCCUGCAGCCCAACAUCCAGGCUCAGAUCUACAAGGAGGGAGAGCACACCGACCUGUACUGGGGCUUCUACUUCAAGGAGCUGAACCUCCCCCAGGGCCCUGACUUUGACAACAUGACCCUGGCCAGCAUGGCGGAGCUCGAGUUCCGCUGCCUGACCAGCAUCCUCACGCGUGCCUUUGGCUGA